CUAGAUUAAACAAACGCACGAGACGAAAGGAACGCGACCCUAAACGUCACCUGUUUGCGACUGUCUGGCUCAAGUAGUUCGGAGAGGACGUUUGCGGUGUUAACUUUCUAGCUAGCUUGCUUACAUGGAAACAAGCAACAUGGUUACGAUACAUUUAUGUAUGUGAUUGUCUAUCAGGAUGAAUUAACUUACCGCGCCGUUUGGAUCAAGCACUUGUGUGACACGAUGAGCACCUGCCGUUGGUGCCUAUCGGUGAAUGGUGGUGUUCCAGAGCUGCUCCAGGAAUACUGUGCGGGGUCACGGUCAGCAAAGGAUGAAAAAGUCACUGCGGACUUCAAGUUGUGUACGGAUUGUGUGGAGGCAUACCACAGGGAAAAGGAAAACGUACCUGGACUGCACAGGAGACUAUGGAAGUUAGACACAUCAAGGCUUUUGAGAGCCUUCUCUGAGGCAGAGAAGGGUGCACUGCCAGCUAACGACCUUUUCUGUGUGGAAAAAGACGGCCGUGAGGCUGGUGUGCCUGAUCUCAAUCCUGCCCAGUAUGCAUACGAACUGAAGGUUCCCAUGUUUGAGGUCCUCAAAUUCCCCUACCUCCUCGCACACCCCAAAUUAAGUGAAAUGUGUGUUCGGGCUAUCUGUAUGAUGGCGGAAUAUGACUCCUUUGAGGUUUAUGAAAAAUCUGCAGGGAUUUAUCUCCUGCUUGUUCACCCUAAUGAGACGGUAAGGCGGUGGGCAAUUGAAGCUGCUAAGUCUUUAGGGAAGGUGGACCGAGAUGACUUUUAUGAUUUUCAGGACAUCUUCUCCUGUAUGUUCUACAUUGUUGAACUGGGAAUCCCCCAGAACUUGGCAGACAUGGAUAUGCCCUAUAAUCCCAUGACCAAGAUGACAUGGCUGCCACCGCACCUUUACGAUUCCAGUAAUGCUAAACACUACUGGCUGGGAAUCUGUAUGCUCCUCACUCAGUUUGACGCCCAGGCUAUGGACUCCCUGUUCCUUGGGCCAAACAAACAAGCCAACAUACUAAACUGCAUUCUGAACACCAUAGAGAAAGGCACGGAAGACGAAGAGAUGGAUCCCUUUUGGCCAGCCUUACGGUGUUUCAUGGUGAUCUUGGAUUGUUUGGGCUCCAGGAUCUGGGGUCAGAUUGAACCAUCCCAAGCCUUCCAGGCCAUCACAGGAAGUCCGUCCUACAUUGCAGCGAUUGAGAGAAUCAAAGAGCAAACCAGGAUACCACAGAUUAAAACCGAAUCUGUGAAUGAUGACGACAUGGUGACCUGCAGUCAGAUGGUUUACAACAGUAGCACCAACGUCAGCCAGGACAAGCGAAGCAAAAGCUCACGUAGUAUAGAUAGCAGUGUGGUGUAUGAAGAAAUGAAUUCUCUGGUCAACAUCAUGAAUUCAGAUAUAGGCCAGCCAUUCUCUGUGAAAGAAAGCACAUUCCUCUGGUUAAUCCCCUUUGUGAAAUCCGUUAUGGAUCUCGAUGACCGCAGCGUCAUCUACAUUGGUGAGGUUGUCCACUUCCUGUGUGGGGAGAUCAGCACAGAUAUCCUGAAUCGCAAUGUUUGCAUAUCUGACAAGGUCACGGAGUUCUUCGCCCUUAUACUCGUCCAUGUCAUUGAGUUGCACCUGGUGAGUGGCCGCAUGAAUAUGCUCUAUUACUGUGCUCCCAAGUGGGUGGGUGUUUUGGUGAAAUGUGCCACAUUGCCUGUUGAGGCUUUUGUCCACACCUCUGAAGGUUCAGCCUCUCACACUGUGUCUUCCACAACCUCAAGAGUUAGGGCACCCCGAAAGGUGUCUACCAGUGGGACUGUCCCACAGGCAUGCAUGAAAAUCAUCCGGUCUCUGCUCAAGGAAGGAAGUAGGAUCAACCCCAACAGCAAGUGCAACGGGUUCCUGAAUCUUGUGAACAAGCAGCUCAGGGAAGGUCCCCAGAAGGAGUGGAGGCUUAAGAGGUCUGAAAUUCUGGAGCUGCAGAUCUGUCUUAAGAACUAUGUCAAGAUGAUAAUUAACAGGCCAACCACAAAUACCCCUCCACCUGUACCUCUAAAGAUUGAGGUGGGACCAACAACCACACCACUUCAGUCAAGCGAUGAAGACUCAGGAUCUAGUGGCAUAGCAGAAUUGAAACAUACUUUGAAACAUGAAGGUCCCUGGGAUUACAAUGGAGGUAUAACUUCAAGUCUUAUGGAUUCUAAUGGAGUAUGGACAGGAAGGGACCUGAAAGAUGAGCCCGAAACGGAGGGGUUUGUUGAGCUGAACAGUGAUCCAAGACCAACUCAGGCAAUAGUAUCUUCCUUAGUGGAAGAUCUGUGUAAAAUCCAGGAGAUUAAAUCCAUACUUGGGUCACCAAUGAUCAAGAAGUCUAACUCUGAGAGAGAUGGGCCUGGUACUACAUUUGCUCAAGAUAAACCUCAAAGUGUUUUGAGCAGUGGUAGAGAUGAGGUUGAAAUGCCUGCAGACCCUUCAUGCGCUCAAGAAGAAUCUUUUGACAAUGAGGAGCUGGAUGAUGUGCCCCGUUCUAUUUUAAGAAAUCAAUUCAUAAGAAACAAAGUUUCCAAAUCUGGUAUAAGGCACACAGAACACAUUGACCAAUCACCACCACAGUCUCCCUCUGGCAUUAUUGUUAUAUCUGAUGAGGACGAUGAUGCUGUUCAAACAGGAUUGUGUUUUUCUGAUACUUCCAAAAUAAAAGAUGAACAUGAACCUAUUGAUGCCUCUGGCCAGAAUCACAGUCCCUUGCGUGAUUAUGAUGGAGAUAUGAGUGAAUCUCAGGUGUUUGAGUUUGAAAAACCGGAAGAUAUGGUUCCUGCCUGGUGUGUCCAAGGUAUGGAAAGUAAAAUCCUUCCAGAAAGACCCCAAAAAGAUAGCCCUGUCAGACCUACCGUUUCAAUAGUAAGUACAACUUCAGGAGAGCUUGAUACCGAACCAGUCUCUGAUAAAGAAAUUGAAAGAGUCUGUGUUUUGGAUUGUGUUGAUGCAAAACCAUUGCACUCAAAGUUCCUGAGCAAAAAGUCUAAACUAGUAAACAAACAAGCUGGAGAGGUUGGGAAAGACGCUGUCCAACCUGUCAUACCAGAAUUGAGAAAAAGCAAUUCAAGUUUAAAUAGACUGGAAACCAAGAUGCCAUCUUCCUUAACCACAUCAUUGCCAUCAGCCAUCUCACACAAAACAUCAACUCCGGUCAUUGUCCCUCCUAAAAAAGUCAGAAAAGCCAUAGAGCAUGCAUCAACAGCAGAGAGACUUGGCUUAAACAAAGUGAAAAAAGCCUUUGAUCUCUCCAUGCAAUCGCUUGACCCUGUUGAUGCUUCAGUCAAUGUCCCACAGACCAAGACGUCUACCAGACAGACCAAGAGCUCAAAGGUGACCUCACCUCAAAAGAGAGUUGUCAGUGUGAGUAACAAGAAGCUCCUAGCCUCCCAGGAAUGUCAGUUUUUUAGACAGAGCAAACAGGCAUCCGGGGGAAGAUCCUCUGUGAAGGUUCCAAAAAAGAGAGAUCCUAUAAACAGUGAGGAGAAUUUGAGGCCCAGUUUUGUUACAGCAGAGGAGGAUGAAGAUGAGGACCUGCCUUGUUCCCAUCCAGAUCCGGUGUGCCAGGUAGAACAGCUGAAUGCCAUUUGCAGAUUGCCAAUAAAUGACCAACCAGCAGAUUUUCCUCGAGUGAGUAGUGUGUCAUCUAGCAUGAACAGCUGUGUGUCUCCAUACUUUCAGAGAAGUGAAAUAGAAGGGCUUUCAGACUGGACACGUCCUGUACAGGCAGACAACGGGCCAGAAACUCCACUUGUCCCACAGAGUUUUAAGAAACCUACUACAUCGCCACCGUCAGUCACCAGGUUUGAUCCGGGGGAUGAUCACUUGUUCCUGAAACCGGGAAUGUCCUCUAUAUCACUUAAAAAGGCCAAGCCCUCCACCACCAAGAUCUAUGCAACCUCAAAAUCGAGGAAUGCCUCCUUGGCCCAAGAGAUGGAGAACACUGCAAAUGCAAAAUGUUUGUCUGCUUCCACUCCUGCUGGAAGAGGCAGGCCUGCUCGGUCAGUUGGGUGUGCACAAAAUGUACCCGAACCAUCCAAAGAACGUUUAUAUAAACCGAUUGCUCCCCAAAAACCACUGCCUAUAAACAUUCCACCCCCACCACAACAACCACCCCGCAGACCCCCACAAAACGUACCCCAUCCACCUGGCCAGCCCAUCCUCCCUAUCCAGCACUGCACCAUCGGUUCCACCCCCCAACCCUCCACCUCUAAGACUUGCCCCAGGCCUGAUGCACUUGUCCAUAGACAGAUACCCAACCAAGAUGUUGGCUUCAGAUAUGAUCCCAACUACCUGAUUCAAGGCAUUCUGAGUUGGACCUUUGAUAUGUUCAGCAACUACAAGGAGUUUGGUUUGCCCUCUGAGAUAUGCGAGUUACAGUUGGAAACCGUAGGCCUCAACUUCAACUCCUACGAUGAAUACUACAAUACGUUUUACCCCGUACUUCUCACCAACGCUUUUGAGGAGCUUGCAAGUGAAUGGCUUAAGAACAAGGAAUCAGGAAAAGUGAUGUCUCACAAUUUGAAGAUUGUUGCGAAUGACAAAUGCAACAGUUUUUGGAGUGUCAGCUGUACAGCAAGUAUUACUGCCAUUGAAGAAUGCUAUCAGCUGUACCCAAAGGAGGAAGACCUGGUUAUCCUUUGGCAGCCCCAGAAUACAAGUUCUUACUUUGAUCACCAGGAACGUUUUGGCUAUGUGCAGAGAUCCAGUGUCUUUAACCAAACUGCCGGCCAGUCCCCCACUCUAAACCUGACGAUCAGGAUUCUGGGGAACGUCUCAUUGGUUAAUCAGCAGACGGUGCGUUGUGAUGUGGUGGGCUCCCUGGUCAGCACCAUGAGGGAGUUCAAGGCCAUCUGUAGGCUCAGAAAUGGCUCCAUGCUCCGACCACUGCUCAGCCCCCAGGCCCCCUUCUUCCAGUCUGGGCCGGAGAUCAUCCCCAGUCUCAAUCUGCCCGGUUAUAAUUCAGACCAGGUGAGAGCAGUGAGAACUGCUAUGUCCAUCAUUAGGAAUCGGCUAAAGAACCCCAAAAUCUGCCUGAUACAUGGACCCCCAGGAACAGGGAAAAGCAAAACCAUUGUUGGUCUGCUGCAAAAUCUGUUCCAUGAGGGAGUAAACAUGCAAGCUAAAAGCCGCCAAAUGCGAGUCCUGGUGUGCGCCCCAUCCAAUGCCGCCAUUGACAGUCUGAUGAAGAAAAUCAUCGUCGUCUUCAAGGAGAAAUGCAAGAACGUCCAGGGUAACUGUGGAUACAUCAAUCUAGUAAGGCUCGGGAAUGACAGGACCAUCUCCGAAAGUAUGAAACCAUUCAGCCUGGACAAUCAGGUGAAAUCGCGAAUAGAAAAAUACCAGGCGGGACACCACAAGGAUGUCCACCGACAUGGGCUACAGCUGGAUGAGGAAAUCGACAGGAUCUCCAAUUUGCUGCCCAAACUGAAGAAGAAAGACAGAGAGUACGAAGAGAUGGCGGCGCAAAAGUCUAAACUGCUCAAAGAGAGACAGGCGCUCAGCUUUGAGCUCAGAAAGACUCGCAGUGCGAAGCAGGUGACCCAGACCCAGGUGCUGAUAGAUGCCCAUGUGAUCUGCUGCACGUUGAGCACCAGUGGCAGCUCCCUCCUGGAGUCGGCCUUCCGGCACCUGGGACAUGAGCCCUUCGGCUGCGUCAUCGUGGACGAGGCAGGGCAGGCCACAGAGACUGAGACCCUCAUCCCCAUGCUCUAUCGCUGUAACGCCCUUGUCCUGGUGGGAGACCCCAAUCAGCUGCCCCCUACUGUCAUUUCCCAGAGGGCGAAGGAGUUGAAUUAUGGCCAGUCCCUCAUGGCUCGGCUGGUGACGGUUCUUGACAACUCCUCUAAGGAUAACAACAUACCCAGCCCAGUGAUCUUUCUCAGUAACCAGUACCGCAUGCACCCCGACAUCUGCAGGUUCCCCUCCAAGCACGUCUACCACAACGCCCUCAAAACCGACAAUGAGACCGCAGAGAGACGGGUUAACUUGAGCUGGCCCUUUCAGCCCUACCAGGUGUUUGACGUGACCGAUGGGCAGGAGGUCAAGGAGAGAGAUUCAUUUAGCAACCCGAAGGAGAUACAGCUGGUGAGGUUCCUGCUGGAGUUGAUAGCGGAGAAGCAGCAGGUCAGAGUGGGGGUCAUCACACCCUACAAAGCCCAGAAGGACCGUAUCAACCGUGAGGUUGCCAAGCUGAACCUUGUUCCACUGGGUCCCAGAGUGGAGGUGGACACGGUGGAUGGGUUCCAGGGUCGAGAGAUGGACUGCAUCAUUGUCUCCUGUGUCAGGGCCAGCCACGAGCAGGGCAACAUCGGAUUCCUGGGGAACCGCCAGAGGCUGAAUGUGACCAUCACCCGGGCCAAGUGUAGCCUGUUCAUACUGGGCCAUUUAAGGACGCUCCGGGAAAACAAUGAGUGGGGUGCGCUGAUCAAGGACGCUGCUACCCGGGACGUCAUCAUACAAACCAAUGAGAUGACCUUCAAGGCGGAUGCCAUGAAGAUCUUCAAGCAGGACCGGCCCAGGAGCCUGUCUCACCUCCCCAGAGAGCCAGUCCCCCCCCGGCCCGCUGCUGGGUCCUGCCGGGCUGCUCCCCCCUCGAUGCGACGCUCCACUCACCCAGCCCCGGUCUUCCACGCCAGGGACAAUGCCUCGCAGUGGCGCCCCAGCUCCUUAUCUCCUCCUCAAGCCACCGAAACCAGAGAUCCCCGUCUGAUGGUCCAGCAUCCACAAGCCCCUCAGCCCAGACCAGAAUGGGACUCACGAGCAGAGGUCAGAAGAGAUCCACGGCUGGAACGCCUCAGAGACCCUCAAUUUGAGAGGGACCCACGAGGACGGAGCAGCCCAGAGCAGUAUCCUCAGGCUGGGUACCAAGAUAACCGGCGAUGGGCUGACAGGGAGAGACGCCAUUCACCUGCUUCUACGUCUUACCCCAGAGACAGAGUUGGCAGGCCAACGAGGGACCCCAGACAGACAGACUCUUAUCGAUACGGUGCUACAGCCUCCUCCAACCACCACACACACACUCAGAAACGACCCACAGACCAACAAUGGAUCCCUCCCACUGACGCCAAGAGGGCCAAGAGAUGAGUGACCGCUCACUCUGUACGUUUUGUUUUUAGUUGCGUUUUUCGUAACAGAAUAAUUUUAUUAUUCCACAGAGUACUGUUUCUCCAAAAUGGUCCCGUUUAUGACCUUGUUACCAAAGUUUUCACAGGAAAUUUGUAAAAGUCAAGCAGCAAAAUGAUUGCUGUUUUAGAAUUCACAAGGUACUUCAUUUUUGUAAUCAACUGGUAAUGACUGAGGUCUUGAAUGUGUCGAUCAGCCCCUGCAUUAAACUUCUGUUUAUUGGAAUAGUGGUGGCAGGGCCUUUUUUGAGAAAGGACACCAUAACUAUUACACUGGUACGUGACAGUUUGCAGGAAUAAACCAAUGGUAAUCUAACCCGGGUAAUUUAGUUUGCCUUCUACUUCAUCUUCUUUACAGUCCUUCAAUUGUUUUUCAGUUCUUAUUCCAUUAUGUCUCUCAUUUACCUCAGUUCUCUGCAUUUGUAUAAAUAUUUUCCUGAUGAGUGUUGCAGUGCUAGAUGCUUGAUUACUGAAUAUUUAUUAGUCAAGUAUCUUAACGGAAAGCCUACCAUAUCUUUUUAUGUGUACUCUGUGUAUUAUUUACCCUUAAAAGCAUAGUAAGUGCCAUGUGUAUUUUGCUUCGAUUUUAUAUUUUUGGUUAGCACCAGGACACUGGUUAAUUGAGGCAAAUGUUACCUUUUGUGAUUUGCAUUUUCAAAUGAUAUUGCUUGAAUCUUUAACACCCCUUGCAUAUACUGAGAUAGAGUUAAUGCUAUCUCUGGAGAAUGUGGGCCAAAGACAUUUUGCAUAAUUAAUGCUGAGACCACAUUGUGUGUUCUCUGCCAUUUUGUACCCUACAAAACCUUUGAAAGCUCUGGCCACCUCUGACAGUUGACUGUUUUUAUUCGUAUGAUAAUGGAUGCACUUGUAUUUGUUGUUGUGAUCCCACACUGGGCAUUAGCGCAGACAUUUUUAGACAGGAAGAACGAAUGUCACUUAACCUUAUUUUAGGGUACCUUCCUUUAGGCAGAUAGGAGUAAAUAUAAAAUAUCUUUCAGUUAAAUUAGGGUUCAGGCAUGUAGCCAACCUAAGUCCAAGCCGCCAGUGUUGCUUAUAAGAAAUAAAGGCUUGUAUUUUUAUAUUUCA